AUGAACCGCACCACCAAUCCGACUUCCGCCACCAAAGCCCUAUUUCAUUGUCCCCAUCCGGGAUGCGGCCGCAGCUAUCAGCGCAAGGAACACUUGACUCGCCAUUUUGCAAGUCACGGCCAAGCGCCAGCCUGCGAAUGUCCGUUCUGUGACAAGGUCUUUUCCAGAAAUGAUACACUCCGCCAGCAUGUCCGCAUCCACCAUAAAGAUAAGGAACUAAAGUCUACUCGCACGAUCCGCGCAUGCAGCCACUGUCGCGCACGACGGUCGCGGUGCGACGGGCGAGUCCCUUGCAAAGCGUGUACGCAACGGGGCAUCCAGUGCUCGCUGGGGCAGUCGUCGGCCGCAGCGGCUCACGCUCACCAGGGGACCGGGACGCCGCGGGAUUCCCGGACGGAUCUGACGGUCAGCGACUCGCAGGACGAGCAGCCUGGUCCGAGUGACCGGUCGAUUACGCCGGAGCAGCGCGCGGAGGGUCCGCUGCUGGUGCGCAAGGCGGCCAUCCUGCACUAUGUGGAGGUGUACUUUGAGAGAUUCCACCCCGUGUGGCCGUUUCUCCACCGCGCGACGUUUGAUCCCGACCUCGAGCCGCCAAUUCUGCUCCAAUCUGUGAUCAUGAUGGGGCUGUGGAUGGCGGGGGAGGAGGAUACGCAGUGCAAGGCGCUCAAGCUGCAUGAGAAGCUUAGCUUGCUGGUCUACCAACAGAGGGAUAACUGGGCAGGCUCAGACUUGAACUACGAAAACCCUCCCCCCUGGCCCAUGGCAACCUACCAAGGCAUCCUCCUGCAGAUCAUCUUCGCGCUCAUCAAGGAUAACGAGACCCAACUCGACAUCCAGCUCACCCGCCCUCUCUGCCGGGGAUCCUCCCGCCUCCUCACAACGCUCAUCGACACCUGCCGCCGCCAAAACCUCUUCUUCUACCCCGCCAUCCUGGCCCAGUUCAGCCGUGAGUCCGUCCCAGACGUCUUCAUCUGGGUCGGCAUCGAGGAAGUCAAGCGCUUUGCGCUGGCCCUCUACAAAGUCUGCAGACUGUGCCACGUUCAGGACACCGAGCUUGACACUCCCCGGAGUACCGGCCGGGGCAAAGACCUCCUCGCCCUGAUGGAUCUGCAGUUCGCGCUGCCGGACAGCGAUGAGCUCUGGCAUGCGAGUUCGGACCUGGCGGCGAGGCUGGCGCAGGAUGGGCCCAUGUGCUACAGCAACAAGAACAUCGAGGCGAACUGGAUUUCGCAGGCGGCGAGGUUGUUGCAGAAGCAGGGUUUAGCGUUUGAUUGGUUAUAG